AACUAACACUCCAUAGCAUGCUCUGAAAGGACUUUCAGUAAUCUGCUUGGUAGACUUAACAAAAUCAGCUCUCGGAUAAUAUGUGCAUUCCCUGUAAUCAUUUUUUGUUUGUUUUUUAUGUCAAUGUUGACAAGAAGUUUUUGCAGCUGCUUCAACAAGAGGAGGUCCUCAUGGCAGAUUCCUGCGUCCCGCUGUGCACACUCACACACUACAUACAGAGCACAAUGGCACAUGGCUUUCCUGUCUAAAAGGCUUUAAUUACUUGUGUUGAUGAAUCUGGGGAAGACUGCUGGCUUUGUUUCUUGCCUGAGCUGGAUGGUCAGUUUCCAGGGUUACUCUGCAUGGAAGGAGGUGCAAAAACAAGUGGCGUAGCGCAAAUGAGAAAGGUAUACUGGUCUUACUAGCUGACUGAUCUGAGAGAUGGGGGUCUCUAAAAGAGCGCCCGCGACUGAUGAUAUGUCCGAAGAAGGUAGCAAAAAAAACAUGAAAGAUGAUGCAGUUCAUCUCAGGAGGAGGAUAGGGCUGCUGCCAUCCAUUUCCUUCAUCAUUGGCACUGUGGUGGGCAGCGGCAUCUUCAUCGCCCCCAAAGGCGUAUUGAUGAAUUCGGGCAGUGUGGGAUUGUCCCUGCUGGUCUGGGCUCUGUGUGGCAUCCUCUCCACUUUUGGUGCUCUGUGCUAUGCUGAGCUGGGCACAACCUUUACUAAAUCAGGGGGCCAUUACACCUACCUGUUGGAGACUCUGGGGCCCCUGCCUGCAUUCCUGCGACUGUGGACUGAGUUCAUAUUCAUCAGACCUGCAGUGGCUUCCUAUGUGUCCCUGGCUUUUGGCCGUUAUGUAGUGGAGCCGUUUUUCUUGCCGUGUGCUGCUCCGACAGCUCUGGUCAAACUCGUCAGCAUUCUUGGAGUCACGUUUGUGGUGGCAGUGAACUGCUGGAGUGUGUCUUUGGCAGCUCGUACGCAGAUCUCGUUGACCUUCAUCAAGAUGUUUGCUCUGAUUCUGAUCAUCAUCCCGGGGAUCAUGGCUCUGGCCAAUGGGAAAACUGAAAAUUUCCAGAAUGCCUUUGACUCUGAUUCAUUAUCUCUGACCAAACUUCCUUUGGCCUUUUAUUCAGGUCUUUAUGCAUACGGCGGAUGGUUUUAUUUAAAUUUCAUAACCGAAGAGGUAAUUAACCCCAACAGAACCAUUCCAUUGGCCAUCAUUUUCUCCAUGGUUACAGUUACCGUGUGUUACGUUCUGGUCAAUGUGGCUUACUAUACAAUGAUGACCGCAGAUGAGUUACUGAUAUCAGAUGCCGUGGCUGUGACGUUUGCAGGUCGGGCUCUGCAGGGUAUAGCUCCAGCUAUACCCAUAUUAGUUGCUCUUUCCUGCCUUGGAGCUCUUAAUGGAGGCUUUUUUGGUUCACCCAGGAUGUUGUUCGUGGGAGCCAGAGAGGGUCACUUUCCACUGAUAUUCUCCAUGAUCCAUAUUCGCAGACAAACACCGCUGCCAGCCGUGCUUUUUCUGUAUCCUCUGGUCAUCAUCAUGUUGGCAAGAGGUGAGAUCUUUCAACUGAUCAACUUUGCGUCAUUCUCCCGUUGGCUCUUCAUUGCCAUGGCGACCUUGGGAAUGAUCAUCCACCGCUACAGAUUUCCAGAACAUCCCAGACCGUUCAAGGUCCCUCUAGCAGUUGCGGUGGUCUUUACCAUAGUGUGUUUCUUCAUUGUGGGCCUGUCCUUGUAUUCGGACCCUUGGAACACGGGGGGUAGCUGUGCCCUCACCAUCUCAGGAAUACCUGUGUAUUACCUGACAGUCAAGAAGUCAUACAUACCUGAACGCUGGAAAAAAUCUUUCAAUUAUUUGAGUCAACAAAUGCAGAUUCUUCUGGAAGUGGCUCAGCAGGAAGUUCAGACCUACUGAUGGAGCAUCACCAAACUCAGCUAAAUUCAUGUGCUGAGUGUUGGGAUUGGCGUCAAAGUUUUACAUUUUUGUGGUGCUUGCUUGCUAUAACUAUUGCUCAUUUGAACAAACCCCUAACCACCCUACACACUUAAAGACAAAGGUUUCAAUAAGGGGUUUUGACAGUGAUGCCACAGAAGAACCAUUUGUUCCCCAAAGAACCUUACAGUGAUAAGAUCUUAAGGGGUUAAAACGUUUUGGGUGAACUAACGUUAACCCUUUAAAACAACCAUUAUUUUCUUAGGUUGAAUAUUUUAAUAAUCAGAAGAAUCUUUUUACUACUAGGCCUAUAACCAUUUAUGCCAAUAAAUAACCUUUUAUUUUUUGCAUUGAGUGUAGCGACUGCACAACAACAUCCUGGCACCCUAUCAAUUCUGCCAAUCAACACUCACAUUUUCUUGAGUAAAAUUCUAGUUUUUAUUUAAAUCAAAGACAGGAAUUAAAAGUGCCCUUGAUUGAUUGAUUUCUAAUUUCCAUUUUUUUUAAGUCUCCCUAUAAUCUGAAGAAAUAAAUACAAUAGGAAGAGAAACCAAAUUGUAUACUUUGUUGGAAAUGACGAUUGUAGCUUCUGGUCAUAGCAUGUUUUCAUAGCUCAGAGAAAUGCCAGGUAGACAACUUCAAUACGAUCUUCACAAGAAUCACAAAACACAUCCUAUUGAUCCUCCGUUUUUUUUCAAUGGCAGAGGGUGUGAAUAUCAUCCGUUUUUUUUUUUUCAAUGGCAGAGGGUGUAAUUGGGACAUCUUUUCAUGUUACCAAAAGGUUGACUGUUGAGAAAUGAAAGUUGAUUAAUAAAUAGUUUUGAAAUCUUACAAAAGCCAAGUAUCAAGGCACUUGGUAAUGACAGUGACAGAUUUUCAAAUGUCUGUGCUUGAAUGUACUUUUAUAUUUUUAGGAUUUUGUAUUUAACUUCUAAUGAUAAUGUGUUCUGACAUUUUAACACCAUCAAUCUGUCAACCGUGCAGUUUUUAUAUUUUUUAUGACAUCUUGCAUUUUUGUUGUUGCUGUUUUUACAUUGGAAGAAUACAAUAUAAUGUGACAUGAAUUAACAGCAACAUUGGUAGUCUUCUAAGCAUAAGAACUCUGCAUGCUUACUAAUCACUCUCUAUACAUGGAAAUGAACAUUAAAAGCUUUGGAAUGCA